GGGAGAAGAAGAGAUAGAGUUAGGGUUUGUGGGUGAGAGCUAGAGAUAUCAUCAUCAUGGGGAGAGGAAAGAUAGAGAUAAAGAGGAUAGAGAACCCAAGCAACAGGCAGGUCACAUACUCAAAGAGAAGAAAUGGGAUCAUGAAGAAGGCUAAGGAGAUCACAGUUCUGUGUGAUGCUCAUGUCUCUCUUGUAAUAUUUGCUAGCUCUGGCAAGAUGCAUGAGUACUGCAGCCCUUCAACUAAGUUGGUUGAUAUCAUGGAUCGAUAUCACACACAGUCUGGAAAGAGGUUGUGGGAUGCAAAGCAUGAGAAUUUGAGCAAUGAAAUUGAUAGAAUCAAGAAGGAGAAUGACAGCAUGCAGAUUGAGCUCAGGCACCUGAAGGGGGAAGAUAUCACAUCUUUGCACUACAAAGAGCUGAUGGCCAUAGAGGAAGCACUCGAAAAUGGUCUCACGAGUAAUAGUGAAAAACAAAGGGAAAUCAUCAGAAUGAUGAAGAAAAAUGAGAAAAUGCUUGAGGAAGAGUACAAGCACCUCACUUAUCAGUUGCAAAAACAAGAGUUGGUUAUGGAGGGUAAUCUGAGAGAGAUGGAGGAUGGAUUCCAUCAGAGAUUGAGAGACUUCCAGCCCCAGAUGCCAUUUUCCUUCCGUGUGCAGCCAAUUCAGCCAAAUUUACAGGACAGAAUGUAGACCAGCUAGCUGCAUGUUGAUCCUAUAUAUAUAUUUAUAUAUAUCAGAACUCUCGUUGGGGUCUUAUUUGAAGAACUUACAAAUUAAAGUCUUCUACUUGAAGGGUUUGUAUUAUUAAUAGUGGAGAGAUCUUAAACUCCUUAAGCAAGUAAUUCUGAACUUUUAAUAUGGUAAACUUGGUUUAUUAGACAAUUAAUUAGUACUGCAUGAAAACUUUGGUCACUAGUACCUUAAGGUUUAUUAUGAUCUAAUGUUGGGCUAGCUAAAUUUUAGAUAAAUGUUUCUUGCUUUCGAUUAUGUAUUUUAUCAUCCUUCUCUCCCAUAAUUGAAUUGAAUGUUUGUCAUGCUUAUCAUCAUUAGUAUCAUAUGCUUCUCUCCCGUGAUUUUUUUUUUUUUUUUUUUUUACACUUAUGGUUCAGUUCUGCAAAAACUAUUCAAUUUUGCGAAAUAGUAAAUGGAAUUCCAGAGAUUUAUAAAACACGGUUAUAUGGAAAUAGACCUUUUUUUUUUUUUUUCAACUGAAUUCUUAUAGAACAUUUUUCAGCUCCAUUUAUUUAUUUUUUUAUUGUGAGAUAAAAUGAUUAAAUCAGCUCUACUGCCCCUCUCCACUGUGUGUCAGUGUGUAUAUAGGCAUAUGCAAAACCGCCUGACCAGAAUUGACGUGCGAUGUGGAGUCCUUCUCCCUGUGUUGUGUAAUGGUCACGUUUAGUUUCUUUUAGUUGGGCUGUAUUGGCUUGGGCCUGUUUUGUGUGGGCUGCUUUCAUUUGGUUUAACUUCAUUGUACUUUCUAUUUAUCUAUAAUAUUUACCUUACCUUCCAAAAAAAAAAAAAAAAAAAUCCUUUGGAUAUAUCUAUAUAUGCUUUGGGGCUGUACUUGAGCCUUUUGUUUGUAUACACUUUUUCUUUUCUUUUUUUUUUUUUUUUUUUUUUUUUUUUUAACGUGAGCAAAGAAACCUAUAAUUUCAAUAUUUUUUUGUAAUGAAUUAUUCUUUUUUUUUUUUCAUUUUUUCUCGAAAAGUUAUUUUUUCUUUUUUCUUUUCUUCAAGAGGUCACUCAUCCUAGUGCUACAUUAUUUUAGUAUUUUUAUCAUCUGAAGUGAAUGUUGCUGGCUACAAAUUGUGAUACAUGUUAAUUGGCUUAUUUAACAAUUUUCCAUCUUGAUAAAAAGUUAAUUUUAUUUAUUUUCCUUAAAACCUGUUUAUUUUAGUAUCCUUGAAACCCUGAUGCCCUUGGCAGGUAGGUCAAUCA